GCUCACUGCAUAAAACGAGCGCUCCUACCAGCCGCGUUGCAAUCAAUUCCACCCCAGCGGUGGCCUUUCCGUCCCAAGACACAGCGCGGAUGACAGCACAUGAUGUGUGGAGAAUGGAACCACACCCGUGUGUUUUAAGGAUGCCACUACUCAACGUCAGUGUGAAGUCUCUACAACCUGCACAACCUUGUGCACAUAAGUAGCACCCGGAGAGCAUUGUGGGCACACGGAGCACACGAUACAAGCGAUCGAUAACCUCUGGCCCUGACCGAUCCGGACCACAAAGCACUUCGUCUCCCCAGUUCAUAAAGCCUCCCAGGACCCCGAGCCGUGCCCCUCAGAGGGGAGAUGCCCGUCCUGCUCAAUGCCGACGCCUCCUUCAGCUCCAAGCAGGAGCUCCUGGACAUUCAGGACUGCCCUCUCAGCGGGGUCCCCUUUCUGGACCCCCCCAGCCCCACGGACUCGCAGACGGGCAGCCCGCUCCGCUCAGGCCCCAGUAGCCCUGGCAGUCCUGGAGCUGACGGCGCCGUACGGCCCCACAUUUUUACCGUGGCUUCCGCCCUCCCGGGGCAGCUGUACGGGGAGGAGACCCGACUCCAUGCCGGGUCCCCAAUAGGCCUGAAGCUGCUCUCCACUGACCCGGAUCAGCUGUGCGGCUGGGGGGCUGUGACUCCCAAAGCGCUGCAGGGGUUCAACACCCCUCGCUGGGUGCUGUUCUUUCUCUGCGUGGCGUCUUUUCUCCAAGGGAUGAUAAUCAACGGCUUUACGAACACUGUGGUCACCUCCAUCGAGAGGCGCUUCGACCUGCGCAGCUACCAGGCCGGCCUCAUCGCCAGCUCCUACGACAUCGCCGCCUGCGUCUGCCUGGCGUUCGUCAGCUACUUCGGCGGGACGGGUCACAAGCCCCGCUGGCUGGGCUGGGGGGUGCUGAUCAUGGCGUCUGGUUCUCUGGUGUUCGCCUUGCCUCACUUCACCACGCCCCCGUACCAGGUCAGCCUGUCCGAGCGAACGUUGAUGUGCUCGGCCAACCGCAGCAGCCAAUGCCAGGACAAGGAGGGGGGGGGGUUGUCCAGCUAUCGCUUUGUGUUCAUGCUGGGCCAGUUUCUGCACGGCAUAGGUGCUACGCCUCUCUACACGUUGGGGGUCACGUACCUGGAUGAGAACGUCAAGUCCAACUACGCGCCUGUUUAUAUUGGGAUCUUCUACACAGCGGCCAUUGUGGGUCCUGCAGCAGGCUACCUGCUGGGGGGAUACUUCCUCAACAUUUACACAGAGGUCCACCUGACUACAGAGAUGACCCCGGAGAACCCUCUGUGGGUCGGGGCCUGGUGGAUCGGCUUCCUGGUCGGAGGAGCGGCUGCUCUGCUAGUAGCCUUUCCCAUCCUCGGCUACCCACGCCAGCUACCGGGCUCUCAGGAGUACGUGGCCACGCGGGUGUCUGAGGCCCACCAGCUCAAGGACGGAAGCCAGACGACCGCCUCAGACCCUCAGUUUGGCAAAUCGGUCAAAGACAUGCCACGGUCCGUGCUGCUGCUCUUGAAGAAUCCCACCUUCCUCUUCCUGUGCUUGGCCGGGGCUACAGAGGCCACCCUCAUCGCCGGCAUGUCCACUUUUGGUCCAAAGUUCUUGGAGUCACAGUUCAGUCUCAGUGCUUCAGAGGCCGCCACGUGGUUUGGGUACAUGGUGGUACCAGCUGGCGGAGGUGGCACCUUUCUGGGCGGCUACAUCGUGAAGCGAUUGAACCUGCGCUGUCGAGGCAUCAUCCGUUUCUGCAUGAUGUGCGCGCUCGUCAGUCUGCUCGCCAUCUUCAUCUUCCUCAUCCACUGCCCCAACGUGCCCAUGGCCGGCGUCACGGCGCCAUACCAGUACAGCCUGAUGGAGAAACAGCAGGUGGACCAGUACAAAGGCCUGUACGACAAGCCGAGCCAGCGCCGCCAUCGAAACAGCUCCUCUUUGGAGGAGGACCUAACGGUGGGCUGUAAUGCCGGCUGUAAUUGUGUCCGAGAGCUGUACAACCCGGUGUGUGGGGCAGACGACUUGAUGUAUUACUCCCCCUGCCAUGCUGGCUGCAGCUCCGUCAACCAUACAGAUGUGGCCUCGGGCAGACAGGUGUACUCUGGCUGCAGCUGUGUGGUGGGAAAUGUGUCCUGGGGCGAGGAGGGCUUUGCGCUAACUGGGAAGUGUGGCAGCUCCUGCCACCACAUGCCGGCCUUCCUGGCUUUCCUCUUCGUCGUCAUCUCCUUCACCUUCCUCUGUAGCAUCCCAGCACUCACUGCCACACUCAGGUGUGUGCCAGACAGCCAGAGAUCCUUUGGACUCGGCAUCCAGUGGAUUGUGGUGCGCUCACUUGGUGGUAUUCCAGGACCCAUAGCAUUCGGCUCAGUGAUUGACAUCUCCUGCUUACUGUGGCAGGAUAAGUGUGGUGAGCAGGGCUCCUGCUACCUCUAUCAUAACUCAGCCAUGAGCCGGUACACACUAGUAGCUGGUAUCAUCUAUAAGGUAGCGGGCACACUCUUUUUCCUGUUGGCUAGCAUCAUGUACCAGCCUCCUCCCGAGUCGCCUCAAAGUAGCUGUGAGAGCACCGACCACGGAGGAGGGGACGUCAAAGACCUGCCUGUCAAAGACCUGCCUCAAGACGGCGUCAUCGUCAACCUGCACGCCAGGUUAUGACGUCAGAGACCCCAGACCGUGUGUGUGCGUGUGUGUGUGCGUGUGUGUGCGCGUGUGUGUGUGCGUGUGUGUGUGUGUGUGUGUGUUGCUUUACACCAACAGCCUUCCCUCAGCCAUAAUGAAACCACCCCUGAGAACAGAUGCCCAUGGAGAAAUGGACACACGUAUACCACAAACAAGAUGCCUACACACAGACACACGCGCAUAUAACUUUCUAUAGUACAUGACGACUUCGAACAUGCUGCUCCCUGGGAAGGAAACCCUUCUACGCUGUAGCAGAGCAUAUGAUUGAUGGGGCAGUUUCUCCCGAGCAUUUCUACAGUUAUCUCCCAUCUGUGUUGAAUCCGUUUUUAAACGUUUUAAAAUGUAAGUCUUUUUUUCUUCAUUAUUUUAUGUAAUUCAGUCCAAAUACAAUGAAAGUGCUGAGACCAUUGUGGUAUGUAUUAUAUGCAAUGUAUAUUAGGGUGUCUGGGGGGGGGGGGGGAAGGUGGGAAGGUAUUUAUAUCAUCUACUUUUUCUGUUCUUCUCCAAUUACUGGACAAUAGUAGCACUUACUUUACUUUCCACCCAUGAUGAAGCCAUGUUAAACUUUAUCUGCAGGCCAAUAAUAAUGUAGCCAAAUCAAAUCUUAUUUCAUGCAGAGUAUCUGAAGGCACUUCUAGUAUUAUUAUGAUGUCAAUAUAGUGGAUUGAUCACAGCACAAAUCGAUUUUUCAAUUAGAAAAGCGCAUGUUCAUGUGUAAUAGAAGUUGUACAAAACUAAUUGGCUUGCAUUUAACCGUAGAAAAGAGAUACUGCUCUGUUUGCCAGGGUUUAUAGACAGCGCUUUGAUGCUUCUCUUCCAUAGUAAUCGCAUAGUUGCACUUUAAAAAAACAAAACUCCUAAAAGUCCUGAGCAGGCUGAAAAGUAUGUGUUGACCCAAUGAAUGCCUGGUAACAUCAGGUCUUAAAGUGGAAACAAAAUAAUUCCUUUUCUCUUUGAUCAUAGCAUCAUCACUUUGUUGGGUUAAAGCUAAUCUUUAACCUGUGAAUUACUGGUCCAGGUUAGGGAAAUCCGUGUAAUUCUCAUUUAUUUUUUGAGAUGGAAAUUUUUUUCAAUAUCCCAAUAACACAAAAUCCAGCCCUUUUCAGAUCUUCCUUUCAAACCACCUGAUCCACUGAUCGCAGCGAUUCCGCUGGGAUUUAUUGAACAUUUUAAAUGCUGAUGUGACCAUGCUUUAGAGAAGGGUAUUAUGGGAAGUGCCGUGUAAGGGAAACGCACAAAUAACAUGACACUCAGUUACAUGGACCGAAUUGUCACAGUACUGGAAGUACUGAAAUGUGCCAAAGCAGCCUUACAUCCAUCAAUCUUGUUUAUAUAAAUAAAUUAUUCAUAAUGUUUCUGCAUUCAUCGUGGGAUGAUACAAGAAAUGCUGGCCUUGGCUCUGAUGCCCCCCCCCCCCCUCAAUCUUGUCUUGUUAUGUAUGUGAUCGUGAACUGCAACCUUCUGAAUGCUGCUUGUGUUAUGUCCCGUCUCUCUAAGAAUUUACCUCAACACCCUCCAGCUGAUGUUGACGAGUUUGAUCCAUGUGUACUUCUAGUUGUGCUUUUUAAUCCAUCCCGAGCUUUGACGAACCACUCUAAAGGGAUUUUUUUCAUUUUGUUUUUGGUACUGUAUAUAUUUUUUAAAAAGCAGUGGAUUUGAAAUCAAUGAUCUUUUUAUGGAAUAAUUCAAAGAUGUCAAGUGUCUGUCUUAUAAAUACAAUGCCUGAACAGCAGAUUGCUUUUUGUGUUUUAAAUUGCUUUAUGUUGUGCGUGUGUAUAUGAUGGAGAUCUACUUGAACAUAGAAAAUACAAGUGUGUGUGUGUGUGUGUGUGUGCACAAUAAUAUAUUAAAAGGACAACAACCAAUAUAAGAAAAGAAAA